AUGAGCUGCCCCGACGCCGCCGUUAGGGACAAAUUCUACGAGGACCUGCACGCCCUCUUGGCGACUGUGUCGAAGACGGACAAGCUGAUUGUCUUUGGCGACUUCAACGCCCGCGUCGGCACAGACCAUACUGCCUGGAGAGGAGUGCUGGGUCCCCACGGUCUCCGCGGCUCCAACGACAAUGGCUCGCUACUGCUCCGCACCUGCGCAGAACACUGCCUCAUCCUGACGAAGACCUUUUUCGGUCUGUCGGAGCGAGAGAAGGCCACCUGGAGGCAUCCUUGGUCACGUCAGUGGCAGCUGCUGGACUACGUCCUCGUCCGGAGGCGAGAUGGCGAUCGCGGGUGCUGACGGGUGGACCGACAAUCGCCUCGUCAUCUCGAAAAUGCGUAUUCGUUUAGAGCCUCGCAGGAGACCACAAGGUAAGCGACCCCCAGGUAAGCUGAAUAUUACCUUGAUGUCUUUCCCCGCUCACAAUCUUCAUUUCAGCAAUGAGCAAGCUCAACGGCUAGACAAAAUUCCCAUCGCCGAUGCAGCCGACGACGAGGCCACCAUUGCAGAGAACGCCUCCAUGGAGAACCGCUCGUGUCAACUACGAAACACGGUCCAGGCGACGACGCUCGCCGUCCUCGGUCUCGCGCUCCGUCAACGCCAGGACUGGUUCGACGACAACGACGCCGCCAUCAGAAAUCUGCUUGCUGAGAAAAACCGCCUACAAAAAGCCUACGUAUGCCACCCCACUGAUGACAACAAAGCUGCUUUCUCCCGCAGACGUCGCCAGCUUCAGCAACGACGGCGCGAGAUGCAGGACGCCUGA